AUGGAUCACAAACGUGGGUAUGAGUACUUGGAAGAUCAAACCGUACCAUCGCCCACCAAGCGCCUAAAGAACUGGUCGCACCACCGCGAAUACCCAUGCCAUAGAGGGUUGGUAACCCAGGAUUCGCAAAAAACUUGGCCAAACAGUGGCAGAGCUCCACCAUUGGGAGAGAGAUGUAAUGCACAGAUCUAUCUUAGCCAACAUAAGCCGCAGAUCAAACUUGUGUGUCCACAAGAUUGUCAUGGUCGAGAGAACCAGAAAGUGAACACCCCGAAAGUCGUAGCAGCCAAGGUGGAAAUCCCAAGCUCCAGACAUGCUCCUGGUUCAGUUAGCACAGGUGAAGUUAACGCCAAGAACUUGGAGAAAAACAUGGAGGAAGCUGCAUACCAGAGCAUGCUGCCCACUGUCAGAAAGGAACUGGAGAAGUGGACAUUUUGCAAGAAUAGGGCUCCAAGGCAAGGGCUACUUCUUGAUACUAGCUCCGACGAGUCAGAAGAUGAGACAACCUGCGCCGUCUGCAGAAAUCCAAGAAAGUUCAAGGGGUGGGACGCACUUCUUAUCCAUGCACAAAAACAUCACGCACAAAAUGGAUGCGGAGCAUAUGAAACAAGAGGGGCCCAAAAGCCCAGAGUGCUGGAGAUCUGA